AUGCAUGUUGAAGAGACGGGGCGCUUUGGGGAGCAUACUGUGCUGAAUGACUUGGUGAAACACAUUGCAUGGACUGAACCCUUUGAACAUAUUGCGGAGAACGCAUUACGUGAGAAGGGCAAUGCGGAGAUUGAGCGAUGGGAGAGCUGUUGGCAAAAGGAGCAGAAUAAGCAGGGUGCUGCUCUGGUGGUGGAUAUCUAG